CAGUUCGAUGACAACUGCGCGUGAGGUUCCUCAACUAUGCAGCAGCGGCAGUAGCAGCAGGAGCAGGAGCAGGAGGAGCAGUGGAGAUGUGGUGCUGUGCUCCGGGCUGGAGGACUGAGCGCUCACACAUUCCUCUCAAUCCCCCGCAGUAUGAAUGCAUGUGUGUACAUGGAGGGAGCGUGCAGAAUGUUCAGUGGCCUGUUCUGAUUGGACCGCUUGAUGCCAGGCCACCCCAUGCCCGCCUGUAACCCAGAAGACGACCUCUCACCCCCUCAAGCUCCGCCUCUGUCGGCCAACCACCAUUAGUCUUGAUGAGGAACCCUGCCACCGGUGAUGUGAUGAACAAGUUUGAGGUGCUUGGGAUCGUCGGAGAAGGAGCAUAUGGAGUCGUGCUCAAAUGCAGACACAAGGAAACUAAUGAAAUCGUGGCUAUUAAGAAGUUCAAGGACAGUGAAGAGAACGAGGAUGUGAAGGAGACGACGCUGCGGGAGCUGAAGAUGCUCCGCACACUCAAGCAGGAAAACAUUGUGGAGUUGAAGGAGGCGUUCCGGCGCCGGGGGAAACUCUACCUGGUGUUUGAGUAUGUGGAGAAGAACAUGCUGGAGUUGCUGGAAGAGCUGCCUAAUGGAGUGCCGCCUGACAAAGUGAGGAACUACAUCUACCAGCUAAUCAAAGCCAUCCACUGGUGCCAUACGAACGAUAUAGUACACAGGGACAUUAAGCCAGAAAACCUCCUAAUCAGCUCAGAGGACGUGCUCAAGCUGUGUGAUUUUGGUUUCGCACGUGACCUCUCGGAAGGAACAGACGCCAAUUACACGGAGUAUGUGGCCACCAGGUGGUACCGCUCACCUGAACUACUGCUGGGAGCUCCGUAUGGGAAGGCGGUGGACAUGUGGUCUGUGGGGUGCAUUCUGGGUGAGUUGAGUGACGGACAGCCCUUGUUUCCAGGCGAGAGCGAGAUAGAUCAACUCUUCACCAUACAGAAGGUUCUGGGACCCCUGCCUCCAGAGCAGAUGAAGCUUUUCUACAACAACCCCCGCUUCCACGGUCUACGGUUCCCUACAGUGAGCCACCCGCAGACUCUGGAGAGGAGAUACCUUGGCAUCAUCAACGGCCCCAUGCUGGACCUAAUGAAGAAUCUGCUGCUUUUGAACCCGAAUGAGCGUUUCCUGACGGAGCAGAGUCUGAACCACCACGUAUUCCAGAGCCAGCGGCAGACCGAGCGACCUGGCCCCCCAACCCCUACACCUAUCCGCUCCUCCAAGAGAAAACCCCACCACGACAACACCGCCCUCAGCAGGAGUCAUGGUAGUAAGAGCUCGGGACAUCACCGUUCCAACAGCCGGGACUGUUCUAGCCUACCGCGUCAUAAUCAGGCCGAGCUGCACCCCCAGAGUGCUGAAGCGUUCCUGAACGGUGCCGUUUCUGCGUCCAGCAGCCUGAGUCCCACACUGCAUGCCAAAUCUUUCCAUUCCCCCCAACCACUUAACCGCUCGGCGUCCUGCGGCAAAGACCUGGCCUCGCUCAGCCCCAAGAAGGCACGAGCCAAAGCCUCCGACCUGGAAUUUGACUUGCCCAAGGCAUCUGAUGGCCCUGGCGCCAAAUACCUCAAAUCCAAUGCCUCACGUUCCCACAACCGCCACUCGUUUGUGGAGGGCAAGAAUAAUACACUGCAGGGAGAGCGGGAGAAACUUGUACGCCACGGCGAGCCAAUGCCGCUGAAUUCAAGCACUAAGAGCUCUUCGUCUUUUAUGAGUCUGUCUAAGAGCCAUGGCGCGCUGACAGACGCCAAGUCCAUCAGUAACUUGAGCGAUCCACGGCUUCUCCAAGACGAUGCACCGGUUCCCUCGCGAUACUUCCCUUCUAGCUGCCUGGAUCUGAAUGCCAACCUGAACCUGGCCGCGCCUGGCAGCCCCGCCUUGCGUCACAGCCCCGGAGGGCGUGCCAAGUCCGAGCGUCAGGUCGGCAUGGUGGACUCAUCGCUCCGCCGCUCAUCAACACGCCACAAGGGCCAGCAGCAGGACGAGGCCAAAGCCACAGAAACCCUGGAUCCUGGAGGAGGAGCCCGUGACUUCCCCUAUGGCCUGGGCUACACCAGCCCUUUCUCGUCACAACAGCGCCCCCACAGGCACUCCAUGUACGUGCGACGGGAGCGCAGUCGCCCGCACGGAGCCGAUGUAGGCCUGGCACUGGGGCAGAGUGCUCCCGCUCGUGCCAGCAGCCUCCAGAUGCUCUCGCCACAGCUGCAGCACCGCACGCUACCGAGGCACGUGGGCAGCUCCAGCAGCCGUGAUGAUGCUCCUGACGACCUCAGGGCAGCCAUCUAUCACGAGCAGCAUCCAGAGGACGGAGGAUCGUCCAAGGAGAACCGCAUGGUCUACAGUGACUCAAUGCCACGUCGAGUUGGCAGCUUCUACAGAGUGCCGUCUCCUAGACCGGAUAACACUUUCCAUGAGGGCAGCGGGCAGAAUAUGAGCUCAGGGGUGAACAUGGAGAGCAGCAGCCACACCAAACGCCAACCCACUUACGACCCCUGGACGGGGCCUGAGCCGCUGGAUUUGGGCCCUCCAGAGCCAGCCAAAGAGAAGGAGAAGCAAGGCUUUUUCCGAGCAAUAAAGAAGAAGAAGAAGAAAUCUCAAGCGGUGGAUGCUGGAGAAGCCAGAGGUCCUGUGAUCAAGAAAUCUCUUUUUCCACUGUAUAACUCAAAGCUUAGCUUUAAACAUAGCUCCUCAGAGAGAGUACUCCCUCUAGUGGCCACGCCCAUGGUCUUGAACGAGGGACCGGAUCAGGUGGUGGUACAGAAAUCGUCCCGGGGCUUUGGGCAGCAGAGCAGCAGCAGACACCGGACACGCAGCAGAGACCGGGAGAGGAGUCGAGAGCGGGAACAGGAACAGGAGAGAGACAGAGACGAGUGGCCAGCUGAGAGGCUAGCCGAACCACACUCUCAGAACCAGCCUCUCAGAUCUCUUCGCAAGCUUCUUCAUCUCCCUGCCUCGUCCUCCUCCAGCAAACCCACUACACCAGACAUGCGUUUCCCCCACGGUAACCCCGCCUCCAAAGGAGGAAGCUUUGUGGAGUCACGGGGCCACGUUGGAGGAGGAGGGGCUGGAGGACCGACCCAGCCCAUGUCCCGUCAGGCAGCAUAUCCUCACGCCGGUCAGCUUGAAUCCACGUGGCACUCGGCAGCUCUGGGGCGAGCCGAGGGAAACCCAUACCCAGAGCAGCUGGCAUCCAAAGCAGGCCAGAACGGGCACGGCUUCGUCCGCUCAUCACGCUCACGCAUGCCAAACCUCAACGACCUGAAAGAGACUGCACUUUAAACUGAGCCUGUUUCUCAAAUACAGCGCCAUCUGGAGGGCUGGAGGGCUAGAGAGAGCAAACACUGAAGGACACUGCUCUUUUCAUGAACAAUAAGGGUAGGCCUAGACAUGUCUUAAUCUUCUUUUUUUUUAAUCUUCCACAUUUAAUAGAAUUUGUAAUAUUAUUUAUGUACUUAUUGUAUUUUUUUGUUAUUGGAGAAAUACGACGGAAAUGAAUAUAUAUAAAUAUAUAUCUUGUUAAGUAUAAGAUGUAUAAUAAUAAUUCUAGUUAUAUAAUUCUGCAUAUAAUAAUUCUUAUAUUUGGUUAAGAAUGUCAAAUGUUUGUGUAUGAAAUCUAAGUUUAUAAAGAGGUAAGAAUAUCGUUACAAUGCACAUCACAACUUUCUGUUACAUUUAUUUCUAAACUGAUUCAGUGGAUUUGACACAGGAGACGAGAGUCAGACGGUCUCAGGCGCUCGUCUACGGCGAUCUGUUAGCUAAUAACAUGCAACAAGUAACAUUUCUCAAAGCUUUUAAAAGCGCUGUAGGUCCACCACAUACCAAAUUCAUCAUACUGUGCUAUAGCACCAUCUUCUGGCCACAGAUUGAAUAAGCAAAAAAAAAACAGCUAAUAAUAAUAAUUUUUAACAAAGAAAGCAAAAUUGCCGCAGACAUGCGGUAUGUUCUCAUGUGUAAAAGCCAGAUGCCAUUUGUAUAUUCUCAGGUUUAGUGUUAUAUAAACACUGUAAAUAUUAUUUUAUUGCAAUAUAUUAAGACCAACACAGGAAAAUAAAAAUUGUUUUUAAAUUUCAGUUUAGAGAUAAACACUUAAUAUAUGAAUGUGUGAGGGGGGGAAAGAGAAAUAAGAAAACAGCUUACUGCAAUAUGUUGAAAGAAAAAAUGUAUUAAUUAAUCAUCACUACAUCAUCAGAAAAGAUUUCCUUUGGAUGGGGUGCAAAUAUUUAACCCACUAUAGAUUUUGCUAUUGGUAGUAGGUAAAUUGAGGGGGGGAAAUGUGUUUCAGAGGGGUGGACAAAUCAUAAAUUCAUUAGCGAGCGCCCCUGUGCUGCACAGUCCCGUGAUUUGGUAGUCGUAAUCCUUAUCCUCUAUGAUGUAGCAUAUUGUGUUUGUGUUUCAAGUCUCGAACAUUUUGUCUGUUUGGACCGGAGCUCUGCACUCACACCGUACUGGUUGGAGUUUUUAUUUUGGCUGUAUAUGUGUUUCAACGUCAUAGCAAUAGAGUUUUAUAACAGGGUUUUUUUUUUUUUACUGUACUAUUGUAUUUGGCUCAGUUUCAUCAGUCUUUCAUCAUCGCUGCCUAUUUGUGAUUCUGAAGAGAUUGCAUGUCAACUCUGUAAGCUCAUUUAAAUGUCUAGUUCAACCAAUUUAUACCAGUGGCCAAGACACAGUAGUAGUUUUGUAGGUGGAGGGAUUCAGGAACCAGUAGCUAGUAGUGUUCGAUUUUGAACAAUGUGUGGGAACUUUUUUUCAUGAAAGUCAAAAUGGGAGAAAUUAAAAUGUUGACUGCUGUAUCAGCAGCAUAUAACCUACUUGUCCACCAGACAACUACGCAUUAAAAAAAAAAAACAACAACAACAAAAAAAAAACAAUUAACAUGGGCUGUUGAUUUGUCCACCCCUGGUUUCAUCUCAUUAAAGGGGCAGUCUGUAAUGUUUAAAGCCCUCUUCUGUCUGUGCAGUGACUGUAACAACAUUCACAAACCUUUCCUUUCCCCUAAAUCUCUCCAAGUUGCCUUUUAGGGAAAAACUACUGCGCUCUAGAGCACACUUCAGGCUGUGGGCGGAGCUCAUUUCAGGGCUGGAAAAAACGCAAACUAAAACAUAGCCAGAUCUAAUAAGUGGCAACAUUGAACAUCGCACGUGAUCUGAAAGUAUCUUUAAAAUGAUAUGAAUGAACAAUUACAUGUCUUAGAAACAUUUCUAAAUGUUACAAACCGCCUCUUUAAAUGAUUUCGAUAACAGCGUAUUAGUAUCAGUGACUAUAUUAGAAGAAGGUUCGAGCUUCUAUGACCGUAACGACAUUAACACCAGCAGCGUACUACAUAUAUCAGGAGUUUCUUAAUAGAAAGAGAGACCCCCAUGAAACGAACGACCUCCUGCUGACACACCUUACACCGCUGACAGUCUAUAGCCUUAACUCAGAAAAAAAAAUACACACAGACAAAAAAAAAAACAAAACUCUACGCAAUGUCAUUGAACGCCUGGUUUCCUUAAGAGUGCACUUUAAAUAAAUAGACGAGAUGUUUCUCAGACGAAAAAAAGCUUCUGUCUCUUCAUGCGGUGUGGUGAGUAUUUUCACACGCAAGUGUACAGUAAUAACCAAACGUGUAACUGGGUAUAACAGCCUAUCUUAGGAGUCUUUUGUAUAUCGUAUUUGUGAUAUAUGCAGUAAAUAUUUAUAUACUCCAGGUCCUGCAGCUUAACAGUGGAACUCUGUCUCUGUUGGAUGUGUGGAACCUGGGAUGAAGAGGGUUCACAGUAGGCACUGGACAUACGACAUUAAUACUAAUGUGUGACUAUUUGUUUUGGUUAUAUUUAGAUCAGCAAUUCAGAAUGAUUGAAAUUAGAAAACAAACGUUCGGUCUAAUAGACAAACACGGUAGCAUAGAUCGUUAAUGUUUCAUCUUCAGCAUUCGAGUAUUCGUUUGUAAUGGGUAAAUGCCGUUACUAGGGAGACUUUCGGUUCUCAAACUGUUUCCUGUUUACACCUGUUAUGGACAGUAAUCUCUCAAUAAACCUUGUGGACUCUAUUUUGAUUUCACAAAGAGGAAAUUGUGUUUUUUUUUAAACCCCCAGCAUGGUUUUUUAUAUAUAUUCUCACCCUCUCUCUCUCUCUCUCUCUCUCUCUCUCUCUCUCACUAGCAUUGUCAUUGUAAAUAAUGAAUAUUCAGCCUCUGUGACAUCCGUUAUUAUGUGGCAUUUGAAGUGUGCUUGCUAAAUUUACACAGCACACCGAUUUAAUGAUCCUUUUGGAAUGCACAUUUGAACUAAUGAGGCAAGUAUCUGCAAAUGAAUUCUGAUUUUCACUUGCCUCUGGUGCAAAUGACAUCAAUUUCGCUAGUAAUGUAACAUGCUGUUUAUCUCGACAAAACAAUUUAAGGUGUUAUCUCUAAAUAGUGGUGAGAAGACUUCUAAAUCCUAGUGUGGAGCAGGAUGGACAAAUUUUCCAAGAAGUUCUUCUUAUCCCAAAUGUUGCUGAUCAUCAGCUAAAGACGUUUGCUUCUACGGUAAAGGUCUAAAAGUUACAUUAAUGUUGACGCAUGGAACGUUUCUUAUAUUCAGAGUCGGGUCACGCAGAUCCUUAUGCAAAUUUUCUGGGCGUCCCCGAGAGGAAGUGUCAGAGAUGAGGUUUUUCAGUAGCAUCUAGAUAGCAUCACACACACACACAUUAGCAUAAAAAAAGAUCUUUUUAAACAGCAGUCUAGUAUAUUGUUAAUUACCGCAUUAAUCAUUGCAAAUGUGGUUUAAUUCAACAAUAUGGUAACCUAUCAAAUAGAAACACUAUGAAAUAACUUGAUGCAGCUAAAUUCAUUGCAAAAUCAUCAUCUCAGUGCAGGCCCUUGACUCCAGGCAGAAAACCAGCCCACGUACUGUUCCUGAUUAGAAAAUAUGAUUUGGUAUGAGAACACAGAACCAAGUCUAGGGGUUUGUGGUAUAGCUGCUCAGAGAGCAAAUGCAGAGAAAAUGACUUUUUUUAAAAAAAUUAAGAAAAAAGGAAGAAAAAAAAUUGCGUUAUCCUUAUAUUCUUGCAAUGGAAAUCCAUUUUUAUGUGACAAUAGGCUUGACUUGAGGCUGCCCAAACAGUCCUAAGAUCAUCAUUCUAUCUGUUCAGAAGGGAUUUCGGAUGUUUAGUGCCCUCUGCUGCCUGUGAGGAUAAUUGCAAUUGCGAUAAAAACAUGGACAAACCUUCCCUUCCCCUACUACAUUAUUCUUUGUGAGGGUUUUUAUUUAUUUAUUGGCUGUUGCUGUUGCUCUUAGCCUGUUUUUGUUUUGUUUUGUUUGGGUUCUGUUUUAGGGAAAAAUAUGUUGGAAAACGGGCGGGGCUUUGCUUCAGCUGGAGGUGGUGCUAACUUUCAGACCUGAACAUGAAAAGAAGCCUGAAACCAAGAAAUGAUCCAGAUCUGAAAUUAUGAGUACAAGAGAUCUAAAAAAAAAACAACAAACAAAAAAAACCCACCUUUGAUGCAGAUUCUGCAUUUUCAUCUGUUUAUUUUUAGGUCAGAUGCUUCUAUUUGAUCAGAACUCACCCAGCCAGAGACACUUUCACAUCUGUGGGAGGACAUUUUAUUACGAAUUUUUGUGACUAAUUAUUAUUAUUAUUAUUAUUAUUAUUAUUAUUAUUAUUAUUAUUAUUAUUGGGUUGAUGAUGAGUGACUCAGCAUGCUGGGUUGGUAAUGCAAGCCUGAAAGGAAUUUUCCACUGUCUAUUUCAAGACCAGAAAAAGUCUGAAGUCAAAGAAAUCUGCUCCAGCUACAGAAAUGUAAGUAUUUGGUCACAUUUAACAUAUCAUAAAUUCUCUUUUCACUUUUGCAUCUUCAUAUCAUGCUGACUAAAUCCGGUUUAAAUCUGAUGAUUCCUCCCGAAGGAGUAUUAAAAAGUUUGAUAUAUAGUUUGGUUUAUAAGCAGUUUGCCAGUUGAUCACGCUUUCAAUGAAUGACUACUGGCAUGUGCGUGUGACUGUGUCCGAUCCUACCACUCAAUCCAAAUAUGAACUAAGACCCACAUUGCACAAAGUAUACCCUUUCUGUUUAUGCGGCCUAAUGUUAAUCGAUUGUAUGGCCAUGGCAACACCGUUUAAGAUAUCGACAUUUCCUUGGUAGUUGAGUAUCAUGGACAUCUUGACAUCAUGCUGACCAUAUUUGCUUUGAAUCUGAUGAAUCCUGUAGGAGGGGUACUUAAACUUUUGAUACCUGUCCAAACGCACAAAAUCAAAAUGGCCGACUUCCUGAUGGGCACGAUUUUUGUGAUUGUGAUUUGAUUGUUGGUUUUGUUUGUCUUAAGAAAACGCAUGUGGCAACCAAAUUUAUUUCAUGUAGGUGAAACUGGAUGCUCAUAUUUCUGCAGCCUGGAGCCAGCUCCAAACAGGUGUUACAGCUCAAAUUAUUGGGGGAUAGCUCCAAAUGGACUAGCAUGUUAGCAUGUGAUACCACGUGUCAGUAGCCGAUGAUCCUAUGGGCUAUCUUCCCUAUCCCUAACUCUAACCCAUCCCAUGUGUAGUCCAUUUAGAACUAGUCCCUCGCAUUUGGAGCUUGCUCCAGGUUGCAGAGAUCCAUGCUUGCAUAUUUAAGAAAAAAGUCAAAAUGAGGUGUUAUUGAGUCCCUGGGCCACACCUGGAUCCAAGCUUUUUUCCAGAACCUGAUGACCAUUAUUUCAUUUCUGAUGUUUACACAAACAUACAUGAGAUUAUAAAGCAUUCAAUGCACUGCAAAAUAUGUUGAAAAAUAAUAAACAGCUCAAAUAAACAUUCCUUGGUGCUUGGACCCACAUCAAUAAUAGUCUAUUUAAAUGCUAUAUGUAUCAAACAUGGUGGUUGAGUCUGUAUUAUAAAAUGUUUGUUUGUUUGUUUGUUUUUCUCAGUAUGGAGCAUCUUUCUCAGUUACAGGCCAUGCUUGAUGUAAAUUAAGUGGCAUGGUUCUGGUCAUGUGACCAAUUAUGUCACACAUUAAAAUAAAAUAAAUGAAUAAAUAGAUAAAACCUAAACAAAUUGUACUUUAAAAUGCAAUAGCUUGCGUUUCACUAAAAUAUAUAACAACUAUUUUUACAAACUGAAAAGAAAAUUGCGUUUAGGAUUAAAUGGGUUAGUGUUACUCAGGAAACUCCUCCCCCACCAAUCAGUGCAGUUCUUAUAAUGAACAUAUGAAGCACCUGUGCAGAGGGUUGAAAAGGUAAACAGGUGUGUUUGUUGGACAGAACUUUUCAGAAGCAUUUUGGUGAAAGGUUGAGUGCAGUGUUUACUAUGAAAACCCGGCACAACGGAGCAACUUUGAAGAAGCAGAAGUAUGUGAGCAGGAAAACCUGGAGGCCCAUCAAGGCUUAUACCAACUAUAUUUACAAACUUAAGAAGGCGAGCCCGGCUGUGAUCGACACUGUUGCGGUACCCGGAUGGCUGCGGGCGGAGCUGUGCGCGAGCGUCGGUACGGAAGCCGCGCGCCUCGCCAAGUUCAACCGGCGCGGCACGAUCACGCAGCGCGAGGUGUGCGCUGCUGUGCGCGCGAUGAGGAAGGUCACGCGGAGGACAACAGCGCACGCUGAGUGACCGUUAAUGGAACUUUUUAAAAAACGUAAUCUUUAAGUGUUUGUUUUAAACCUGUAAAGUCCUGUUUGUGGUUUAAAUAAAGAUGUUUUAGUAUA